AUGUUGGGUAGUUAUGGGAGAAGUGGCGGCGGGCGUCCUGGACCGUAUUCUUUAUUGGAUGCCCCGCUAUUUGAACCUGACUUCGGUUGGGGUUACGGACGGAUGAUGGAUUACGUAAGGGGCGUAGAACCUGUCGGACGCCGCGGAAGCCUAGCCCCACUAAUUGACGAGCCGUAUUACGGGAACGUAAGAGGUGGGCAAGACAAUUAUGGAAGGGGUUACAUGUAUUCCAGUCGAUCGAUGAACGGUGCUGGACGGGGCGUUGGUCACGUGUUCUUUAUGCCACUUAAAGUGUUGAACGUACACAUUCUGUGUGAUGAAAGAGGCCGAGCACUCGGUGAAGCUGAUGUUGACUUCCCUACGCAUGAAGAUGCAUUAGAAGCAAUGAAAAAAGAUCAUGAAAAUAUUGGUAUGUUAUCUAAAGGUUGUUACUUAAACGUGACCUCAUUAUUUUUGGUCAUUGUAAGCAAAAGUGUUUAG